GAUUUGCUAUUCGAGGAAUGUCACCUGAAGUAGCUAUUGCCCUUCUAGCUUCUUUUGGUACUCCUCUUUCUUUAGAGAGAGCACAAGCUACGCUGUCAAAGAGGAAAGUUGUUGAAGAGGAUUCCGAGGACGAUGAAGAUGAAGACACCUCUUUGGCAGUUAGACCUAGAGUCAGGAGACGUAUCAUUUCCGAAGAUGAAUCUGAAAUUUCUCCUGCCCGUGCCUCCUCUCCGGUUAAUAUUGUUUCCGAUGAUGAAACCAUCCCCAGGGACACCAUUGAAUCCACUCAACGUCUCUUCACUGAGGGUUUCGAAAGUGGUGAUCUAGGUCCGGUUUUAGAUGAGACGCAGUCGCCAGUCGAGGUUGAGGUAGCCGCAUCGGUUCCAUUUGAGGUAGAGGUAUCUCCACUUGCAGCCACACAUGUUCCAUUUGAGGUAGAAGUGGCCACAGCUUUCACAGUGAUAGUAUCAACCACACCUCCUUUUGAUUCCAAAGCCAUACCUUGGGAUUACGUUGCCGAAGCUAGGCAAAAAGUAAAGGGUUUUAGGCCAGACUUUGAUUUGAAAUUCGAGGAACUCAGCGGGGAUUCGAGGGAAAUGGCUUGGACACUCGAGAUGAGGAAGUUAAGGCGAGGCUGUGGUGUAAUUCUGACCGGAUUUGGGAGAAUUAGGGUUUUGGCCGGAUAUUCAAAUGAAGAUUCGAAGAGAUGGGCAAUGAUUCGAGGGGAACUGAAGGGUUUUAGGCCAGACUUUGAUUUGAAAUUCGAGGAACUCAGCGGGGAUUCGAGGGAAAUGGCUUGGACAUUCGAGAUGAGGAAGUUAAGGCGAGGCUGUGGUGUAAUUCUGACCGGAUUUGGGAGAAGUAGGGUUUUGGCCGGAUUUUCAAAUGAAGAUUCGAAGAGAUGGGCAAUGAUUCGAGGGGAACUGAAGGUAUAUUUAGAAAGAGGGGAACGAGGGGAAGCUACAAUGUUAUUUUGGGUGGGAACGGAGUGGUUUCCGUCGUCGCCGCCGGCGGGCUCGACGGAGUGUAACAGGGCGGCGUCUCUAGGUUUAGAAGAGGUGGUAAUUGUUCAUGAGGCUGAAUUUGAAAGAAACCCUACACUUCAAAGCAGACAAAGGUUACAGAAGGAGCAAGCUGAUCUAAUUAGAUAUUUAACUAUUGAAGAGGAGUUUUGGAAGCAGAAGGCUGGCAUGAAUUGGUUCCAGGAUGGUGAUAGGAAUACAAAGUUUUUCCAUGCACAGGUUAAUGGUAGGAGAAAGAGACUACAAUUAAACAGAAUUAAAGACGCAGAUGGUAACUGGUUGGAGGACAAUGCAGACAUGGCAGAUGAGGCAGUAAGAUUCUUUCAAAAUCAGUUUCAUGAGAAUACAAUUCCUACAAACUUCAGGAUUCUGGAGUAUGUGCCUACUCUAGUAGACAGUGUACAGAACUCUAAGUUGAUUCAGCAGCCUACAGAGGAGGAGAUCAAAUAUGCAGUUAUGGGGUUAAGUGGUGAGAGUGCAGGGGGUCCUGAUGGUUUUACAGGUGCUUUUUAUCAGUCAUGUUGGGAAAUAAUUAGGAAUGAGGUUGUGGCUAUGGUGCAGGCCUUCUUCAAUGGACAUGAAUUACCUAGGUAUAUUACACAUACAAAUCUGGUGUUACUACCAAAGAAGAAACAGGUGGAAACUUUUUCAGAUAUGAGACCAAUCAGUCUCAGUAAUUUUGUUAAUAAAGUUUUUUCAAGAGUAAUUCAUGAAAGGUUAGUGGAGAUGCUACCAAACUUGAUCUCUGAAGAACAGGCUGGUUUUGUAAAAGGGAGAAGCAUAGUGGAGAAUAUACUAUUAACUCAAGAGAUAGUGACUGAUAUUAGACUAAGAACCAAAGCAGGACCUAAUGUUGUAUUGAAGCUGGAUAUGAUGAAGGCUUAUGAUAAACUCUCCUGGUUAUUUCUAUCAAAGGUCUUAAGAAGAAUGGGGUUUGGUGAAAGGUUCAUUGGUUUGAUUUUUGGAAUUGUAUCUAACAAUUGGUAUUCAGUACUAAUCAAUGGGCAGCCUAAUGGUUUUUUCAAAUCUACUAGAGGUGUGAAGCAGGGUGAUCCUUUAUCACCUACUCUGUUUAUAUUAGCUGCAGAAGCUAUGUCAAGGGGUUUGAAUGCACUACACAGUAACAGGCAAUUUAAGAGCUUUGGAAUGCCUAAAUGGAGCCCUAAGAUCAAUCAUCUAGCAUAUGCUGAUGAUACAAUCAUUUUCACUUCAUCUGAUUCUAACUCUUUGAGGCUCAUUAUGAAUGUACUUAAUGACUAUGAAGCUGCAUCUGGACAGCUAAUUAAUAAGAACAAGUCAGCCAUAUAUAUGCAUGAAUCAGCUGAGGCAGAAGUGGUUGAUAAGGUGCAAAGGCUUACAGGAAUUCCUAAACAAGAGUUUCCAUUUACAUACCUUGGAUGUCCAAUUUUUUAUCUAAGAAGAAGGAUGAAUUACUAUAAGGACAUCAUUACUAAGGUCAUGGACAGGCUACAGAAUUGGAAAGGUAAGCUAUUGUCUAUAGGGGGAAGGGCAGUGUUGAUUACAAGUGUGCUUCAAAGCAUGCCUAUACACUUGUUGUCUGCAGUAAACCCUCCAACAUAUGUGCUUAACAGGCUUCAUAAGAUCUUUGCACAGUUUUUUUGGAGCAAUACAGUAGGUGUUUCAAGUAGGCACUGGGCUUCUUGGAACACCUUAUGUUUACCAUGUGAAGAAGGGGGUGUUGGAUUCAGGUCACUACAUGAUAUCUCUACUGCAUUAUUUUGUAAGCUUUGGUGGAAUUUCAGAACAAAACCAAGCUUGUGGAGCUCAUUCAUGAGCCAAAAAUACUGUAAAAAGCUUAAUCCUAUGGUGGUACCUUGGAGAGAUGGCUCACAUGUUUGGAGGAAAAUGUUAGGGUGCAGAGAUCUAAUUGAACAUCAGAUUUUAUGGCAACCUAAGAUGGGAUCAGCUUUAUUUUGGUUUGAGAAUUGGACAGGAUUGGGUGCUUUGUAUUUUGUCACUCCACCAGAUUUUAUAUGUGAUGAAUCCAUUCAAAACAUAUAUGAUGUGGUAAUGCAUGGACACUGGAAUGAAGAGGUAAUCAGAAGGAUACUACCAGAAGACUUAGCAGAUCAUAUUUUGCAGAAUUUGAAACCUCCAACAUUGGACAAUGAGAUUGAUAAGCCAGUAUGGAUGCUAGAAACCAAAGGGGAAUUUUCAGUAAAAUCAGCCUGGGAGUAUGUGAGAAGAAGAAGUCACCCUUGUAAUGCUUAUAAAAAGAUUUGGGUGAAAGGUCUCCCCUUUAAGAUUUCAUUUUUUAUGUGGAAGCUAUGGAGAAACAAAUUACCUCUGGAUGAUUUCUUUAGAAGGAUAGGAUACCUUAUGGCCUCAAAAUGUUGGUGUUGUGCUGAACCUAAAGAAGAAACAGUGCAGCAUCUGUUUUAUUCAUCAAAACCAGCUGCAACUGUUUGGAAAUACUUUUUGGGAAGUGCAGGGAUAGUUACAGAAGGGAUUUCAUUGCAUCAAGCUGUGAUUAAAUGUUGGACUGCUGAUGUAGUUCCAAGGCUACAACCUAUUUUGCAAGCUCUCCCAUCUGUGAUUGUUUGGGAACUAUGGAAGAGGAGGAAUAGUUUCAAAUAUGGGGAAGCUGUUACAGUCAGUAGAGUCAUAUACCAGAUUUCUUCUACUAUGCAGUUUUUAGUUAAAGUUAGGAUGCCUGGGAUCCAGAAUAUUCCACAUAAAUGGCUUGAUUUACUUAGAAUGAUGGCGAAUUACACACCAUUGUUGCAAUAUUCUAGGGUGCUAUGGGAAUUUCCUACUGAAGGAUGGAUAAAAGUUAAUACUGAUGGAGCUUCAAGAGGUAAUCCUGGCAACAGUGCUAUUGGUUAUGUAUUGAGAAAUGAAGAGGGGGAUAUCAUAUAUGCUUGUGGUAAGAGAAUAAGGGAAUGUACAAACACAUAUGCAGAAGCAAUGGCAAUGUUGGAAGCAAUGAGAUAUUGUGUUCAAAAUGACUAUGUGUUGCUUGAAAUAAACACAGACUCAAUGCUGCUAAAGAAGGUGGUAGAGGGGGAGUGGUCCAUUCCAUGGAGUGUUGCAGCAGAAGUUGAAGAAAUAAAAGAAUGGAUGAACAGGAGUAAUGUCAUUAUGUCUCAUACAUAUAGGGAAGCAAAUAGAUUAGCUGAUCAUCUAGCUAAUUAUGCUUUGGAUUAUGGGGAUAUUGAGGCAUACAAUUUUUGGGAAUUGGAUACUCAAGGAAGGAGAAUUGUGAAUGAUGAUAAGUCAAGAUGUCCAUACAUAAGAGUAAAAGUUGCAGGAAAGUAG